CUGAUGGGACACGAUUGACCAUCAAAGAAGUAGCACCAAAACCACUCGUCAACUACAUAAGAAACUAUAUGAAUGUAGAUUUGGUUGGCGCACGCUUCGCCGGCAAAUCACCUAUACCUGUGUGGCGCGCUUUGCGCUACGCGGCAGAGGUGUGCAAUGCUUUUUUCAGUGACACAAAAACAAUUGACUCGCUGUUGGCUGAAAGCUUUGAAUUGGCCAUAUUGGAUGGUGCGUUUCCUGAAUGUGCUCUCGGCUUGGUUUAUCGUCUCGGAGUGCCAUUUAUGUAUAUCAAUACAGUUGGUUUCUAUACUGGUAGCUUGGCUCAAGUGGGUAAUCCGAAUAUGUAUGCUGUAACUCCUAAUGUAUUCACGGCUCUGACGCAAACUAUGAAUUUCUUUGAGCGUUUUCAGAAUUUUUUUACACAUCUCUUGGCUGAGUUGUUGCACAAGUAUUGCACUGCCCAAGUACAUGCUGCACUGCAGACCCAUUUGGGCCAUCAUAUACCACAUCCCUACACUCUGGCCCGCAACGUCUCAUUCAUACUACAGAACGGACACGCAAGUAUUACCUACCCACGUCCGUACUACCCGCAUGUAGCCGAAAUUGCCUGUAUUCACUGUCGUCCACCCAACCCAACAAUGCCCACGCAGGAGUUGGAGAACUUCAUGUUAUCAGCGCCAGCGGGUGUCAUCUACUGCUCUAUGGGCUCAUCAGUGCGCGCAGCAAAUAUGCCCGAGGCAUUACGCCGAAUCUUAGUACAGACAUUCGCACAGUUACCGCAAUAUCAUGUACUGUGGAAGUGGGAGGGUAACCUGACACAAAUCACAGACCUUACUACUAAUGUUCGACUGGGCGCAUGGUUGCCGCAACAAGACAUACUCGGCCAUCGGCGGCUGAAGGCAUUCAUCACACACGGUGGCCUACUGAGCAUGUACGAAGCGAUAUAUCAUGGAGUGCCAUUGAUAAUGCUGCCUGUUUUCUGUGAUCAUGAUGUGAAUGCAGCUAAGGCAGUGACCGAUGGCUAUGCGGUGCAAUUAACACUGGAUGCCCGAUUGAGCGCCACAAGGUUACAGCACGCAGUGGUGGAUGUUAUAAGCAAUGUGAAGUAUAAGCGUACCGUUAGAGCCAAGCGAAUGCUUUUACUUGAUCAACCAAUGCCACCACUAGAGACAGCAAUCUAUUGGACAGAGUACACCUUGCGUAACAAAGGCGCCCAACAUCUACAGGCAGCUGCUCGCGAGCUUAGCUUCAUCGCCUACUACUCGCUGGAUGUAUUCCUCGCUUGUGUUAUUGGGCUCCUGCUGCUGAUGCUUCUAUUACGUGCUGUGCUGAAAUACCUUUGCCUUAUGUUGCUAAGAGUCAAAGUGAAAAUAGCUUGAACACCCUUCCCACAUGCACAGAGAGAGGAAGGGAGAGAGAGAAGGAACGCAUGUUUUCACCGCACAAACUGGAGAAUUAAAAGUGCACAAAAACCAUUUGCAUGUUCCCCCAAUUGUAUUCCAUUGAAAUGUUUUGAAAAUAAAAA